GCGCGCGUGCUCGGCGGCGGCGGCGCCCGCACUUCCGCCCCGCGCGGGCGGCGGGCGGCGAUGGGGCCCCCGGGACGCCUGGUCACCAUCAAGAGGAGCGGCGUGGACGGCGCCCGCUUCCCGCUGAGCCUCAGCAGCUGCUCGUUCGGAAGGGAUAUCGAGUGUGACAUUCGUAUCCAGCUCCCUGUAGUGUCAAAACUGCAUUGCAGAAUCGAAGUCAGCGGGCAGGAGGCGACAUUAUAUAAUUUCAGCUCCACAAAUCCGACCCAGCUGAACGGGUCUGCCAUUGACAAGCCCGUGCACCUGAAACAUGGCGAUGUUAUCACCAUUAUCGACCGGUCUUUCAGGUAUGAAAAGGAAACCCCUCAGGAUGAAAUCAAGUCAGAUGAACUUCCGGGAAAAAGACAGGAAAAGGCACCGGCGCGGCGGUCCUCCAGAUCCAGCCUCUCGGCUCCCCCUGACGGGAAAGCUCAAGAUUCCAGAGCCCAUUCAAAAGUCACUGCUUCGAGGUCUCAGGAGCCCGGCGAGGAGCUCGUGGGAGACGGCACUGCCCCGCACGGCUCAGAGCGCAGGGAAGCCGCGGAUCCAGCUCGCGUUCGCUCCCCAGAGCAAGUGGGCAGCGAUGGGAAGCAAGCAGGACCGCCUCCUUCUAGGUGUCCUAAGGAGAGUUCCAGGGUGACGGCGAGCCCUUGUGGAGACCUGAGGCCCUUGCCCUCCACACAGAGCCUUGACAGUAGCCAGAAAACGGACUCUCCCUUUGAGAAGCUCUACCAGUCGAUGAAGGAGGAGCUGAGCCUCAGCUCACAAAAACAAAGCGUGGCACAGAACCGGAGGAGAUCAGGGUUGCAGCCUGAUAGUGCCAGAGAGAGAGAGAGGAGGGAGACCCAGCCCUGGGUGUCACACAAAGCGAGACCCAGGUCCAGCGACACCGUCUACGUCAAGGCCGCCUCUCUAUCCACCCCAGAAACCAACCACACCCAGGAAGAGGGCAUCGGGGCGGGCCCUGUACACACUUCCUACAAGGCCCGGAGGUCCAGCACUUCCAAGGCUGAGGCUAGAGCAAAGACCCCAGGCCGGUCCUCCGAGCAGCAAGAGGACAAAGUCGCCUCUGUUAUGGGAGGAGAGUCUGCGACCGUGGGCGCCGGCGAAGGCAUCGGGUGGUCAGCUGGUAGCAUCGUCACUCCUCGGAAGCGCUCGAGUGGAAAUCCCACGCCGGCCAUGGCCGAAGGAGCUGCCGGCCCCACUGAGAAGUCGGACGGUCUCGCUUUGAGAAGCAGCUGCGUUCCCGUGGACGAGGAAGGGGGGCCGCCUUCGGAAAUCAGAGAGGAGCCGCUUGUCACUCCACGCUCCCCUCACACCAGAAACAAGAUGCAAAAGGAUCUCCGCAAUGAGCCCAACAGACGGGCGGUCAAACCCGGACAGACCGGCUCUGGGCUACCUGGUCUUAGCUCGGUUGAUAUCAGCAACUUUGGUGGUUCUAUUAACAAGAGCGAGGGGGCAGCUUUGAAGAGGAGACGCGUGUCCUUCGGCGGUCGCCUGAGACCUGAACUAUUCGAUGAGAACUUGCCUCCGAACACACCCCUCAAAAGAGGGGAGACCCCAGGCAAGAGGAAGUCGCAGGGCGCCCUCACCCCGGCGGCCCUGAAGAAGAUCAUCAAGGAGCAGCCCCCGUCGGGGAGAGAAGGCUCUUCCUCGGAAGCCUGCCUGGCGGCGACGGCGCAGAGGGCGUGUGCAGGCGCUCUGGCUUCUAGUCCCGGAGCCGCCCAGCCAGGGCCAAGUGGCCAGAGACGCAGGUCAGGCGAGGCCUCAGCCGCCUCUGGGGGCGGCGGCUCCCCGGCACCCACAGAGGCUCCUAAGAGGGCGGGGAGAAAGAGCGCCGGCUUGUCUUCCAAGCGGUCGUCCAUCAGCCGGGGUCAGCACGACAUUCUGCAGAUGAUCUGCUCCAAGCGGCGGAGCGGGGCGUCGGAGGCCAACCUCCUGGUGGCGAAGUCGUGGGCGGAUGUGGUGAAACUCGGCGCGAAGCAGAUGCAGAUGAAAGCGGUGAAGCACGCCCCCCCAAAGCCGGCGAGCCGGAGACAGAGGAGAGCAAACACCCCGAAGAAGCCUUCGGCCGGCGUGGGCCACCAGUUCGGCACCGGCCACGCCAACUCCCCCUGCACCAUCGUCAUCGGGCGAGCGCAGGCGGAGAAGGUCAGCGUGCCCGCGCGGCCCGCCAGGAUUCUGCACAGCUUCGCCUUCAGCCGGAAAAUGGACUACAGCGAAGAUCUGUCAGGGAUAACGGAAUUGUUCAAGACGCCCGUGAGGGAGAAGCCACAGACGACUGAGCCCGGCUCCUUCACUCUUUCCAGUCCAGAGAACUUGCCUGGAAGACGGCUCCCAGGAGUGGAUUCCGGGGACGCCUCUCUGUGCGCCACGUCUGAGAUUUGGGAAGAGGAUGUGUUCUUCAGUCCUCAGAACUCAGCACAGCAUCCGUCCGGCAAACCCUCUGCGAGCUGUACCUUCCAACAGCGGAGCGCCGCGAAGACCCCUCAGAACGCGUCUCAAACGACUCGGCCGGAAGAGGCAGCUCCAGGUGCCGGGACGGCGCCUCCCUGCGCGGUGCCCGGCACGCACAAGUGGAGGCGAUCGCGGGAGCCCGGGCACGCACCGACGCCCCCGGUGGGAAGGGAGGACGGAGGGGCGGAAGCGGCCCCGGGCAGGUCCCUGAGGAAGACGCCGCUGCGAGGACGCAAGGUGGAGGGAGAGGGGGAGGACGGGACGGGGUCGGCGGAAACUGGCAAAGAAAGGGACAAAGCCGGAGAAAGUCCAGCCAGGAUGACGGCUGUGAGGAGAUGGAGGAGCGAGGGGCGGACGCUUGGACCCACGGGAGAGUUCCUGGGCACACCAGCUCACACCCUGGAAGAGUUCCUGGGCACACCAGCUCACACCCUGGAGCUAGAGAAUGAGGCCGACCCCACCGCCAAAACAUCCCUCCGGUCUUCCCAAGGAGCUGACCUCCCAAACACCAGAGGGCGCCAGUGGAACACACCCCAGAGGGCAGAGGAUGACGAGGAGGAACCCCCCUCCGCGCCACAGCACCCCGCGCACACCCCCAAGACACCAGAAGGCGGCGCUGCGCUGGCGAAGGGCACUCCCAGUCGGAGCGGGUGCCCAGCUACGCCCGCAGCUCGAGGGAAGAAGGGACCACGGACUCCCAGGAAGCAGACCCAACCUCUAGAAGACCUCGCUGGCGUCAGAGAGCUGCUCCAAACGCCACACCAGCCCACAGCUGACGAUAAAGCCAACGCGCCUUGCCCAUCUCCGCAAGCUACGCCAACAAGCGCAGAAUCCCAGCUGACCACACCCCGUAGGGAAACGGAUGCUACAGAGCCCUCGGCACUAAGGAAGUCCGCUCACGUCCCAGGGGGACACACGCAGACCCCCGACGUCACACAGCCAGAUUUCACAAGCAUCCGCGCUUUGAAGGAACCCGCAGAGCAGAUACUGCAUCCAGCAGGAAACGUUACUGCUAGCGAGAGACAGCUGGAGUCGCUUAAAGAGAGGACUCAACUCGAGGACGCGGCCGGCUUCCAGCUCCUCCACACGCCAGGCUGGGCCACGGGCAUGGUGACGACGGAUGGAAGCACAAAGGUGCAGGCAGCAACAACCAGAACCCCGGGAAGCGCACAAAGACGACCCAGGACAAGUCUGGGAAACGCGUACGUGGAAGAAGUUUCAUCACUCGGGAAACGGAGGCAGACACCAGGCGAGGCAUUGCAAACACCCACAGCACCAGAACAAGGGGGACCCUUUGCAGCGUUCGUGCAAACCCCAGAGCAGAAACCAAACAUGGAGGGAGAUUUAACUGGCUCGAAGAGACGGUCCCGAACUUCCAAGGGAAAGAGCCAGCUUCUGGGAGAUCUGUCAGGUUUGGCGGAGCUCUUCCAAACACCAGACGGCAGCAAUCAUCCAGCGAUUGUGAACACAACCACAGAAAUGCCCAGCAAGUCUCCACAAUCGGAACCAGUCAAAGUUCCCACGGCUGUGAAGAGACAGCCCGAGACAAAUCUGGAAAAUGUGUACACGAAAGAGGUUUCAUCACUCAAGAAACAGAGGCAGUCAACAGGCAAGCUCUUGCAAACACCCACAGCACCAGAACAAGAGAGACACAUCGCAGCUUUCGUGCAAACUCCAGAGCAGAAACCAGACAUGGAGGGAGAUUUAACUGGCUCUAAGAGACGGUCCCGAACUUCCAAGGGAAAGAGCCAGCUUCUGGGAGAUCUGUCCGGCUUGGAGGAGCUCUUCCAAACCCCAGACCGCAAUCAUCCAGCGAUUGUGAGCACAACCACAGAAAUGCCCAGCAAGUCUCCACAAUCGGAACCAGUCAAAGUUCCCACGGAUGUGAAGAGACAGCCCGAGACAAACCUGGAAAAUGUGUACACGAAAGAGGUUUCAUCACUCAAGAAACAGAGGCAGUCAACAGGCAAGCUCUUGCAAACACCCACAGCACUAAAACUAAAACAAGAGGAACCCCUUGCAGCAUUUGUCCAAACUCUAGAGCAGAAACCAGACGUGGGAGAUUUAACUGACUCUAAGAGACGGUCCCGAACUUCCAAGGGAAAGAGCCAGCUUCUGGGAGAUCUGUCCGGCUUGGAGGAGCUCUUCCAAACCCCAGACCGCAAUCAUCCAGCGAUUGUGAGCACAACCACAGAAAUGCCCAGCAAGUCUCCACAAUCGGAAUCAGUCAAAGUUCCCACGGCUGUGAAGAGACAGCCCGAGACAAAUCUGGAAAAUGUGUACACGAAAGAGGUUUCAUCACUCAAGAAACAGAGGCAGUCAACAGGCAAGCUCUUGCAAACACCCACAGCACCAGAACAAGAGAGACACAUCGCAGCUUUCGUGCAAACUCCAGAGCAGAAACCAGACAUGGAGGGAGAUUUAACUGGCUCUAAGAGACGGUCCCGAACUUCCAAGGGAAAGAGCCAGCUUCUGGGAGAUCUGUCCGGCUUGGAGGAGCUCUUCCAAACCCCAGAGCGCAAUCAUCCAGCGAUUGUGAGCACAACCACAGAAAUGCCCAGCAAGUCUCCACAAUCGGAACCAGUCAAAGUUCCCACGGCUGUGAAGAGACAGCCCGAGACAAACCUGGAAAAUGUGUACACGAAAGAGGUUUCAUCACUCAGGAAACAGAGGCAGUCAACAGGCAAGCUCUUGCAAACACCCACAGCACUAAAACUAAAACAAGAGGAACCCCUUGCAGCAUUCGUCCAAACUCCAGAGCAGAAACCAGACGUGGGAGAUUUAACUGACUCUAGGAGACGGUCCCGAACUUCUAAGGGAAAGAGCCAGCUUCUGGGAGAUCUGUCCGGCUUGGAGGAGCUCUUCCAAACACCAGACCGCAAUCAUCCAGCGAUUGUGAGCACAACCACAGAAAUGCCCAGCAAGUCUCCACAAUCGGAAUCAGUCAAAGUUCCCACGGCUGUGAAGAGACAGCCCGAGACAAACCUGGAAAAUGUGUACACGAAAGAGGUUUCAUCACUCAGGAAACAGAGGCAGUCAACAGGCAAGCUCUUGCACACACCCACAGCACCAGAACAAGAGAGACACAUCGCAGCAUUCGUGCAAACUCCAGAGCAGAAACCAGACAUGGCAGGGGAUUUAACUGGCUCGAAGAGACAGUCCCGGACUUCUAAGGGAAAGAGCCAGCUUCUGGGAGAUCUGUCCGGUUUGGCGGAGCUCUUCCAAACACCAGACGGCUUCAAUCAUCCAGCGAUUGUGAGCACCACCACAGAAAUGCCCAGCAAGUCUCCACAAUCGGAAUCAGUCAAAGUUCCCACAGCUGUGAAGAGACAGCCCGAGACAAAUCGGGGAAAUGUGACGGGAAGAGAACUUUCGCCAAUUAUGAAACGAAGGCAGUCACCAGGCGAGGCCUUGCAGACACCCACAGCACCAGAACCAGAGGGACCCUUUGCAGCAUUCGUGCAAACCCCAGAGCAGAAACCAGACAUGGCGGGGGAUUUACCUGGCUCGAAGAGACGGUCCCGAGUCUCUAAGGGAAGGAGCCCGUUCCCGGGAGGUCUGUCCGGCUUGGAGGAGCUCUUCCAAACACCGGACUGUGGCAAGGAUCCAAGGACCCCUGAUGAAGCUACAGAGGUGCCAUCUCAGUCUCCACCCCCCAAGCCGGCCAAGACUCCGCGAAGCACACGGAGACGAUCCAAGACGAGUCUGGGAAAAGUCCGGAUGGACGGGGGGCUCCCAGGACUUGGGGAGCUCUUGCCAGCGUCCCUCCGCGGACCCGGAGGUGACAGUGGCCACCGGGCGGGGAAGCCAUCUCCCAAGCGGAAGCUGAGCUCGGAAGCCAGCGUGACCAUCAGCAAGAGGCUGCGGAGGGCUCCGAGGGAGAAGGCCCAGCCUCUAGAAGACCUGUCCUGCUUCCAGCAGCUCUUCCUGACUCCCGGCCGUGCCAAGGACACGAGUGCUACUGAAGGAGCCGCGACAGUGACCUCCGCCUCUCCCACACCAGCAGCAGCAGCAGCAGCAGCAGCAGCAGCAGCAACGCCCAGGAGCACAGGGACGCAGCCCGACGCCAGUCUGGGGCUCUUGGCCGCGGAAGGAGCUCCUUCCUCCCUCCGGAAGCAGCGGCGGUCAGCUGCGCCAACACCCACUGUGCUGCCGCCAGGGGGCGCCAGCGAGCAGAACCCACACCUGACAGCAACUUCCCCUGCGCCCAGGAGGCGGACACCUGAGGGAAGGAGCCGGCCCCCGGGAGACCUGCGCGGCCUCCGGGAGCUCUUCCAGACUCCAGACCGAGGCAAGGGCUCAGCGACCGUGAACGGAGCCUCAGACGUGUCCGGCGGAUCCCCGCAGCCAGAGCCAGUCAGGUCUCCCACGGGUGUGGGGAGACGGCCCGGGGCAAGUCUGGGGAACGUGGCGGCCGGGAGAGAAGUCUCCCCAAUUACGAACCAGGGGCGGCCACCGGGCGAGGCCUUGCACACACCCACAGCGCCAGAACAAGACGGACACACCGCAGCAUUCGUGCAAACUCCAGAGCAGAAGCCGGACCUGGCGGGGGACUUAACGGGCUCGAAGAGACGGUCCCGGACUUCUAAGGGAAAGAGCCAGCUUCUGGGAGAUCUGUCCGGCUUGGCGGAGCUCUUCCAAACCCCAGACGGCUUCAAUCGUCCAGCGAUUGUGAGCACCGCCACAGAAAUGCCCGGCAAAUUGCCCCAGUCGGAAUCAGUCCGGGUUCCCGCAGGUGGGAAGAGGCAGCCUGGUGCAAAUCCUGGAAACGAGGCCGUGAGAGAAGAGCUGAGAAAGCAAAGGUCUCCAUCAGGGGCCACUGCGAGGCGCCCCAAGGUGCCCCAAGGCCAGGCCGCUUUAGAGGAACCCCCAAAGCAGACGCCACGCACCGCUGCUAAUAGACCCGCCAGCCGGCGGCAGCCAAGAGCGAAGGACGGGAGGCCGCCCCCGGAGGACCUGGCCGGCUUGCCGGAGCUCUUCCGGAUCCCGGGCCGCGCCGAGGACACAGCGCCCCGCACAGCACGACAGCCAGAACCCACCAACACCACGACAACCCCAGAGAGACAGUGCACGGUGAACCUGGGCAAAGCCCUCACGGACGGGGAGCUCUUGGGGCUCCUGAAGCCCCCCCACGAGCCCGGAGACACCGCCAGCACACGCCCAGUGCCAGGAGGCGAAGGUGGGGCCCGGGCGGUCAAACCACGUGCAAAACGGAAAAUGGAGCCAGCAGACGGUGUCACCGGCAGCAAGAGCAAGAGGCUCCGCGGGGCGCCCGAGGAGAAGGCCCAGCCCCUGGACGGCCUGGCAGGCUUGCAGGAGCUCUUCCCAACGCCGGGCCAGGCCGCGGACACUGAGGGGACCACAGAGCCGCCCCGGCCCCCGCCACGGGACACCUGUGCGUCCUCACGGAGAGCCACCAGGGCACGGCUGCGCCACGGCGACGGGAAGGAGGAGCUCCCGGCCGCGGGGACGCUGACGCGCGUGCCGAGGCCAACCACGCGCGCCCGGAAAGUGCCAGAAGGUGACGUCCCGGACACUCAGGCUUCAAAGGAAUCGGCUGGGCAGGCCCGGGGCCCAGCACAAAGCGUCACCGGCACCCGGAGGCUGCGGGGGGCUUGUAAGGAAAGCGCCCAGCCCCUAGACGGCCCCCCGCCUGCCUCCCGGGACAUCAUCGAGACCCCCGUGCCCACGGAGGACUCGGGAAAUGAUGAGAGCACCCGCAAAACCACCCGCCCAUCCCCGCAGCCGGAGCCAGACGGGGCCCCGACCUCGAGACGGCUCAGGACCAGACGAGGGCACGCCGCGGUGGGAGAGGAGAACUCGGAUCCCGGAAAGAGGCCAGAAACCUCGCGGAGAGCCCGGAAGCCCCCCGGGGAGCCCUCCGUGGCGAAGGAGCCUGCAGAGCCGGAGGCGGCCCCCACGGCACGGGCAGCCCGCCCCACGAGGCUGUGUGCCGCGGCGGCGGAGAAGCCCCGGCUUCCGCAGGCCCUGGCCGGUCUCCCGGAGGUCCAAGCGCCGGGGCACACGGAGGACGCGGUGGCACGCGAUGGAGGGGGCACCGCGGUGCCCCGCCGGCCGCCCCCGCCCGAGCCGCGGGACACCUGUGCGUCCUCACGGAGAGCCACCAGGGCGCGGCCGCGCAAUGGCGACGGGGAGGAGGAGCUCCCGGCCGCGGGGACGCUGACGCGUGCGCCGAGGCCAACCACGCGCGCCCGGAAAGUGCCAGAAGGUGACGUCCCGGACACUCAGGCUUCAAAGGAAUCGGCCGGGCAGGCCCGGGGCCCAGCACAAAGCGUCACCGGCACCCGGAGGCUGCGGGGGACUCGUAAGGAAAGCGCCCAGCCCCUAGACGGCCCCCCGCCUGCCUCCCGGGACAUCAUCGAGACCCCUGUGCCCACGGAGUUGCUGACAAAUAGUGCCAUUGCCCUCAAACCCCCGAAGACCUCCAGAAGAGUCCUCCGGGCUCUGAAAGAGAAGCCCGUGACGUCCCUGAUCCCCAGCGGGGGACCUGGGGAGGACGGACCCCGCGUGCAGAGCUCUGUGGCUCUGGCGCCGCUACCUGCAGAGGAGAAGCCGGCCGUGGAGGAGAGGCCCGCCCGCAGCAGGAGGCCCAGGCCCCCCGCACCCCCCAAGGCGCUCCCGCGCCCCAAAGCUCAGCUCGGGGAAGAACAGGGCAGCCACGGCACGGACGCGGAAGACGGGGAUCCCCAAGACUCCCCUGCGGCUGCUGGUCAGAGAACGUCUCUGCGCACCAGACACCAAAACCACCCGCGUGCCGGGCAGCAGAGGCCCGGGGGGCCUGGCUCUGCGGAGAAGGUUAAAGCCCCGAGACAGGCCAAGAAACCCGAGAAGACCUCGCGAGACACCGAGCCCCAGAACCAAGAGCUCGGGGGCCAGCAACCCGCCAGGCGCGGGGGGCUCCGAGGAGGCCGAGGGGGCGCGAGACCCGCAGGGCAGAGCCCGGCCGGCGCGCCCCUCCCCGCCGAGGACACCGGGCGGGAGAGCCGGGACGGCCCCGGCGGGGCGGCCGCCGGGCCCCGUGUCGGGGGCCCGCGAGCCAAAAGGACCGCAGCGCCGCCCGCCCCGCGCGCGCGGGACCGUGACGCCGAGCCCAGGGCGACUCGCGCGGCCACGCGAGCCGCAGGAGACCCGAAGCAGGUACGGAGCGGCCUUCCCCUCAGGGACGAGAGGGCUCUGGGGACGCCUCGGGGUACCGUGGCACGGGGCCACGUCUGUGUCGGAGCUGCCGUCUGUCGCGCCUGCCUCGGGGGGGCUUGCGCUCGCGUCCGGUGGGGCGUCGAGAAGACUCCCUUCGUUCCGGAAGAACUGGGAGUCGGCCGAGUCCUCCCUUCCUGA